AUGGGCACGCUGACUGCUGGGCUGCCUCGCUUGGAGCACUACUGCGAGCACAAGCUGCCAACAUCCUGCCGUCUCAGCUCCAUUGGUGAGUGUUGCGCAUGCUACGACAGUCGAGCCCAUUCUGCCUCCUACCGCACUUACGUCGAUGGUGUGGGCUAUGUUCUGCGGGGCACGCGGUGGCAGAGCUACUGUUGGUGCUGCAAGACCUUCUGGGAGAAUCGUGUAGAGGCCUCCGCACUUCGACCGGCCCAGACCAGAAUCCCGGAGGUGCCUGAUCAGAGCGCUUUUCUGCGUCGUUGGUACGACUUUCACCGAGGUUAUCGAGUGGUCUCGAGAGACGAUGGCAGCGAAGAGCGAGUGGCGGUGCUUGGCGAGGAUUUACGAGAUGUCUCUCCGGGCUUCUUACCGAGAACCAUAGAGGAGCUGCGAGCUGGUCGAGAACGCAGCGAAAUGGAGGAACGCGAGCGGGACAUGGCACGGCAGCAACACACUGUAGCAGAAUCUCAACAGAAUCAGCCUGGACCGACUCUUGAAGACACGUUAGACCAGCUGUUCCAGGCAGCUUCAAGUGAGGAGGAACGUCAGCAUCAGCCGGUCACUCGGCCAACAGUACAAUCGAGCAUGCGGAGUGAUGCAGAUCGGGCGAACAUUCACGCACAGAUAAUGACUCCAGCUGCAUCUCGCAAUCGUGAGUACCAAGCACGCCGUAUUGCUGCGUUGCGGCGCGAGCUAAAUCGGAUGAGAAAUGGGAUCGAGCGGGUCAUAUCUGGACUACGUGACCUGGGCGAGAACGUCCCCGAUCACACAGAAGCGUCUGCUCGGCUGCUACAACUUGGUCACACCUUGGACAACAUCUCCGACGUACCACUAUCGGAAAGAUUGUCGACGGAUCACGCGCAGCGGACGAUCAGCAGUGUCGAUGCUUUGUCAGAGAACCUCAGCACAACGCAGAGCGAUCGCACGCUCGCCGGUAUGCAAGCCCGCGUCGAGGAAGCUAGGCAACAAGUCAACGAGGCUCAAAGGAAUCGAGAGCAAGCAGCUUCGGAGUUAGAUGUUGCGGACCAGGAGCACCGAGCUUCUCAAUCACGCCUGAGAGCACUGCAGGACAAUAUGCGUUCCACCGAAAACUACAUGCGUUUGUUUGGGACGAGAGAGGAAAUGGCAGCGCAAGGCGAGAAUUACGAAUCGCCGAUCGGAGGCAUGUUCACAAGAGCCAUGGAGCGAUUUCGUGCUGCCGAGGAAGUGCGUAGAGAAGAACGUACGUUGCGUCAGGUCUUGGAGGGUGAGGAUAGAGUUGAGACAGAUGAAGCGUUACGUCGCUUAGCAAGCCUUCAGAUGCGUGAAGCAGAUGUUUGGGGUGUGCCGCAUGAGGUCAACAGCCAGGUUGCUCAUCAGCGCGGGCAUCAGCAGCACAACGGAGAGUCGAGCCACAACGAUCACCUUCAAGAUUACCAGGCACUGCUUGAUCAACAGGCACGCGAGCUGGACUCGAGCGGCACAGCUGAGCUCCAUGGCACAGCGAGCAACUUUCCGCUGAGUAUGCUUGCAGGUGUAGCCAUUGACCGCGCGAGCAAUCUUGCACGCACCUCAGCCGAGUCCCCAACCAACGUUGCCGAGCAGCGCGAAGCUGUUCCUCCCACUCCAGCCAUUGUUGCCGGCCCACCAGGACACUCGCUGAAUCCAGACCCCGCGAUAAACAACGAUCAUGGUCUGGACGCGCUCUUUAUGCUGAACGGCAUGCUGCAUUUUGAAGACCUUUCUUCAAUGGGCGCUUUUCUUCCUAUCCGCAAUCUGCCGUCAGAUGUAUCUGCGACCGCUGUCAUCCGUCGGUUGAUACAAAGUGUCGAAGGCAACAGUCUCGAUGAAGCAGAUGCCGUGUACCUGAAGUCCCUCAUACAGGAUGAAGACAUAAUCUGGGCAGUAGGCUUGCCAACGGAGCGCAAUCGUCGACGUCGGGCGCGCGGUGAGCACGUCACGUUCACACCAGAUGCAUCGGCUAUGGCAGCGGCCAUGUCACCAGGUGGUCAAGCCAUCGUUCAUGAUAUUGAGAUCAUGGCGGAGUGCUUCCAGAUGAGUGCUCAGGUCAGGAGACGAUCGGGUGUGUCUGGCCCGGCGGAAAUGUUCUCUCGCUUACAGGCUGGUCGCAGGGACAGCGAGGAUAGGGCCAUCCUUGCAUCCAUGCUCCAAGAUCCGCAGACUCUCCAGCUUUGCGAGCAGAUACAUGGGCAGCAUAAUAGCCAAGAACAAAAUGAGCGACAAGCUGCACUAAGGCAAGAGCUGCGUGAUACUGCGAGGCAGGGGAACCACUCGAGAGCUGAACUUGAUGUUCAACGUCGUGCCACUGGUGUCAGUACUGCCCUCGCCGCAAGCAGACUCGCCAUGGGAGACUCGCCAGCGGCUCUGUUCGAACGCCUAGCCAACCGUGAUGAUGCGACACGAGCAGCGUACCGACGUCUCCAAGAUAACGGCUUCAACCCUGCACGGGACGAGCUGAUGGCCACGAGAUCCAUGACAGCUCGAAGAUUCCGCGAGCCUGAAUUGACAGCUCAGCCGGACUUCACGGGCGACUUUGCUGACGAGGAUGAGGACGAUGCAGCUGACGAACGCGUGGGCCUCGAUGCGAGGGAUAGCGGUCGACCAGAAGAGCCCAUGACGGAAGAAGAGAUGACGGUGUUAUUAGACUGCCGCAUCUGUUACAGCCAGAGAGCUACAAUUUGCACGCUCCCUUGCGGGCAUCUCACCAUGUGCAAGUGGUGUUCCGAUCAGCAUUCUCCGGUGAUGGCACAUGAUCACACCAGACCGAGACGUGCGGCGAACUGUCCUGUGUGCAGGAAGCAGAUUAGGCAGAAGGUUAAAGUGAUCAGGGCUUAG